AUGCCCGUCACCACAUUCGAGUUCGACGAAAAAUAUAGGUAUCAAAAUGGCUUUGGGUCUUACUUUGAGACUGAGGCUAUCUCGGGUGCUCUACCCAUUGGUCAAAAUUCCCCUCAGAAACCUCCAUAUGGACUAUACGCCGAGAAGCUUUCUGGUACUGCGUUCACGGCCCCACGGCAUGAAAACCAGCAGUCAUGGCUCUAUCGCAUAUUACCUUCGUGUGCACAUCCACCAUUUUCCUCCGCUGCUAAAAGUGCUUCAAAGUCCGAUAAGCUGAUCGAUCCCGUAAAGCUUGAAUACAUACCAAAUCAACUACGAUGGGAUCCUUUCGACCACGACGAACAGACUGACUUCGUCUCAGGUCUACGUUUGAUUGCCGGAGCUGGCGAUCCAACACUGAAACAAGGCAUUGGAAUGUACGUGUACGCUGCGGGAAAGUCGAUGGAUGAGCGUUCUGCUUUUUACUCGGCGGAUGGUGAUCUUCUAAUAGUCGCUCAGGAUGGAGUUUUAGAUAUCAGAACUGAGCUAGGAUGGCUUCUCGUCCGACCCAUGGAGAUCUGUGUAAUACCCCGUGGGAUCAGAUAUCAAGUUUAUCUACCGUCCGGUGCAGUUCGUGGGUAUGCACUCGAGCUUUAUCAGGGCCACUUUACACUCCCGGAACUAGGUCCGAUCGGAUCGAAUUGCCUUGCCAAUGCCCGCGACUUCCAGGCUCCUGUUGCUUCAUUUAGCGAGGACUUUGGCGCUACCGCUUCCGAAGGCCCUAAUACAUACCUGAUUACUAGCAAGUUUAAUAACUCGUUCUUCCAAACCAAGCAAGCUCAUACGCCGUUUGAUGUCGUUGCUUGGCAUGGGAAUUACUACCCGUAUAAGUACGACCUUGGCCGUUUCAACACUAUUGGGAGUAUUUCGUAUGACCAUCCAGACCCAUCGAUCUUCACAGUGCUCUCGGCUCUUUCAGACCACCCUGGCACUGCUAUCGCCGAUUUUGUUAUAUUUCCUCCGCGUUGGCUGGUAGCCGAGAACACGUUUAGGCCACCAUGGUACCACCGCAACACGAUGUCUGAGUUUAUGGGUCUUAUUGCCGGAGAGUACGAUGCGAAAAAGGGAGGGCACGGCGGCUUCAUGCCUGGUGGUGCAAGCUUGCACAACGUUAUGAGCGGGCAUGGGCCGGAUGCCAAGAGUUUCGAGGGCGCCUCCAAUGCUGAGCUCAAACCUGCUUUGGUUGGUAAAGGUAGCUGUGCUUUCAUGUUUGAAAGCUGUCUGAUGGUUGGCGUCACCGCAUGGGGCCUCAAGACGUGUAAAAAGGUCCAGGAAGGGUACAGUGAAGAGAGCUGGGGUGGCGUACAGGCUCAUUGGAAGAAACCUGAAGGUGUUAGUGCCAACAGUCACUUACUGUAG